CGGGCUGCAGCUGCUGCUAAUGACACAGAUCGGCUGCUGCUGCCGCCGCCGCCGGAGCGGGCGGACAGGCGGGCGAACCGAGGCAGAGCGCGGAGCGCGGAGCGCCCCGAGAGCCGCGAGCGGCCCGCGGACGGCCGAGAGGCCCCGAGACAGCGGCGCUCGCCUCGUCGCCCGGCCCAGCCCGGCGCGGGCGCUGCUCCAACUGCCCGGGAUGGAGGCGGGCCGGGCCCGGGCCCGGGGCUCGGGCUGAGUGCCCCCCGCGCGCUCGGAUGGCGGGCGGCGCCGGCUGGGCGGGCGGCCCCGCGGCGCUGCUGCGCUCCGUGCGCCGACUGCGGGAGGUGUUCGAGGUGUGCGGCCGGGACGCGGACGGCUUCUUGCGAGUAGAGCGCUUCGUUGCCCUGGGCCUGCAAUUCGGCCAGGGAGAGGAGGUAGAGAAGCUCGUGAAAUACUUGGACCCAAAUGACAUGGGGAGAAUCAACUUUAAAGACUUCUGCCACGGGGUGUUCGCCAUGAAAGGGUGUGGAGAGGUGCUGAAGGAUGUUCUGGCCAUGGAAAGCACAGCCACUCUGCAGUAUGAACCAGAGAUUGGGGACUAUGAGGACCAGGGCAGUGAGAUCCAGGAUCCCGUCUGCUUGGAGAGUGAGAGGACCCUUGGAGAACCCAACCUCUUUCCUGAGGACGAGGCCAUGAUGCUGGCCCAGCACGAAGUCCUUCACGAAUCUGACAUGGACAGCGCCAUUGAUAGUGCUCCAAGUCUGGAAGUAUCUGACAUGAGUCCAGGAGAGGAGAAGGAUGAGGUCCUCGGAGGCCUCUUUCUUCCAGGUGACAAGUCAUUUAUCCCCAACCCAUCAGCAACAUCUGAUCUCUCCACUCACUCCACGGCCUCGCUCAUCAGUAACGAAGAGCAGUUUGAAGACUAUGGAGAAGGGGAAGAUGUUGAAUAUAAUCCAAGCAGCCCUUGUCCCGAUGAUGAAACUAGAACCAACGUCUACUCUGACCUGGGGUCCUCUGUGUCUUCCAGCGCAGGGCAGACCCCUAGAAAAACAAGGCAUGUCUACAACAGUGAAUUGUUGGAUGUCUACUGUUCCCAGUGCUGCAAGAAGGUCAGUCUGCUAAAUGAUUUGGAAGCCAGGCUGAAGAACCUUAAAGCCAACAGCCCCAACCGGAAGAUCUCUAGCACGGCAUUUGGACGGCAGCUCAUGCACCAUAGCAACUUCAGCAGUAGUAAUGGCAGCACUGAGGACCUGUUUCGGGACAGCAUUGACUCUUGUGAUAAUGACCUCACAGAGAAGGUGAGCUUCCUGGAAAAAAAGGUGACAGAGCUAGAGAAUGACAGUCUGACCAAUGGAGACCUGAAGAGCAAAUUAAAACAAGAGAACACUCAGCUCGUCCACAGGGUUCAUGAGCUAGAAGAGAUCAUGAAAGACCAGGAGACGACUGCUGAGCAGACACUAGAGGAGGAGAUCAAGAGGCAUCGGGAGCUGUUGAGCAAGCUCGAGAAGGAGAAGGGCACGGAGAUCGAGCUGCUAAACACAAGGGUACAACAGUUAGAAGAAGAGAAUACAGAACUGAGAACCACAGUAACACGACUAAAGUGCCAAACAGAGAAAUUAGAUGAGGAGCGACAACGGAUGUCCGACCGGCUAGAAGACACCAGCCUCCGGCUCAAGGAUGAGAUGGACUUGUAUAAGCGGAUGAUGGACAAGUUAAGGCAGAACCGUAUGGAGUUCCACAAGGAGCGAGAGGCCACUCAGGAGCUCAUCGAGGACCUGAGGAAGGAGUUGGAGCACCUCCAGCUCUACAAACUGGACUGUGAACGGCCGGGUCGGGGAAGAAGCUCCUCUUCCUGUAUGAGUGAAUUCAAUGCCAGAGCCCGGGAAAUUGAACUGGAGCAUGAGAUCAAACGACUCAAGCAGGAAAAUCAGAAGCUCCGAGAUCAGAAUGAUGACCUGAAUGGGCAGAUUUUAAGUCUCAGUCUUUAUGAAGCAAAGAAUCUCUUUGCCACUCAGACCAAAGCCCAGUCUUUGGCAGCAGAGAUCGACUCAGCCUCUAGGGAUGAGCUUAUGGAAGCCCUCAAAGAGCAAGAAGAGAUCAAUUAUCGACUGAGACAGUACAUGGACAAGAUCAUCCUUGCCAUCUUAGACCACAACCCAUCUAUUCUGGAGAUCAAAAACUGAAAGGAGAUGGAGGGGUGGAAGUGGGAGUGGGACCAAGGAAGAGCCUGGGAGAGCGACAGCCACUCAACACCCUCUGCACAUGUCACUGGAUUUAAGUGUCACUAAUACUGUAAAUGUCUAUACAUACAACUGUGUGAGUGUGUGUAUGUGUGUACAACUGAGUAUGAAAGAAAUGAGCGUGUGUAUGAAUGUUCAUAAGUGGUAAGCGGUUGAUUCUUUAAUCACAAAGGUCUGGUUGGGUUAGUUUUUCAUGCACUUUGUUGUACCUUUGCAGGGAAGAGGGCUAGCAGAGGGAAUAGAAGGCAAUUAUUAAUGUAAUAACAAUAUAACUGGAAACUUUGUGUUUUAGAUAUUGGAUAAAAUGACUACCUCUGGUUGUACGAGAUCUAUUUCUAUUGUGAGAGGUGCCCCCAUACCUCCUACAGGAUAGAGAACAAAAAACAAUGACUUUUUCAGUAACUUGAAUCCCUAGCCACCUUGUGAUUGGGCUUAGUUUGAUCCCAUUCUCCUCUUACUUCCAUCAGUGGCACACCCUGCCAGGGCACAGGUAUUUGGAAUGAGGAAAGAGAAAUUGGUCUUCUAGUAGAAAAUGGUAGAGGAGAAAGUCAUUGCUUCAUAUUUGGUGUGUUUUGGGGGUAGGGGAUUUGUGACUAGUAGAACCACUCGCUGGCAAAGAGUGGUUUGUCUCUUUAGUAUCUACUUCCAUUUUGCACACCAUUCCUAAUGACUAGUGGAUGGUUUUGGGUUCUUAUAGGAAUGACUUGGGUCUCACAGAUAUUCUACAACUUAACCCCAGUUUUCAGGGGAAUUAGAAUUAAGGCUGUCUAAUUUCUUUUUGGUUGGGCUCUUGGCCUUUAUUUUUUAAGGUUUCCCUUUCAUUCCUGCAUUCUUACUACCUCCCUUUUUAUUUCUCUGUGUAUGUGUGUGUGAGAUUAUGUGUGUGUGUUGGUUGCUUAUUUAAGAAAAUAAAGAUGUUCCAGUCCAAUGUUUGGUAGGGAACAGAUGUUUGGAAAGAGUGGAGGAUGAUAGAAGUUUAAGUAAUUAAAAGGUGCGUUGGGGAGAUAAGAAGGGUUUUAUCCCCAUCAAUUUUCAUUCGACACCAUCAGCUUCCAUCCUGACAUCUGACCAACUGAAUGAUGGCAUCCAGCUCCAGAACCUAUGUCUGUGUGGGGCUGAAGCAAAUAUCCUCAAAGGUUUUGGAUCUAAUCAAGAAAGGCUUGCUAAUGACAUUUUAAAGUCCUACCCAGUGUGGCUUGGCACGGUGGUAUCUUUGUAAUCCCAGGCAGAGGCUAGCAUAUCUCUUGAACAAUCUUUUUUUUUUUUUUGGGGGGGGGGGGUUCUGAACUGGAGUAUGCUAAGACCAUUUGUACCAAACUUGGCAUAAAUGUGAAUCUCCAGGAAUGGGGAAGGGGGGGGGGGAGGAGGGGAGGCACCGCAACAGUGAACUGGCCCAGGUGAAAAACUGAUUGUUGACCAGUAGUGGAAUUAGGUUUAUGAGAAGCCCCUGCUCUUCCAACCCAAAUUAAAUAGGAAAACUUUUUUUUAAAUCCCUGUUAGAUGUUCCUAGCACACUCCUGAAGUCUGACUGGCUCCUAUUAGGGUGUGGGAUUUUGCCAUCAAAUGAGAUGGAUAAAAAGUCUACUAGGACCUGAAGAUCUUUUAUUCUGAAUAUUCAAACAGCCCUUUGUUGCCUGCACAGAAGAGAAAGAGUGAGGUUGUCCAUGAGACACAAGUGGAGUAGGCCAGGAGAACUGGGACUGACUUUGAUCAUUCUCCUGACACUUGGUAGGGGGUUCGUACUAAGAGGUUUUUCAUGUAGGAACUGAGCUUUUUGCCCAUUGCCAUUGUCUUCCUCCUCUUCUCACAUUCAUCUUCAAUUUUUAUAUUCCUUUGCCAUGCAUUUCCCUUAAUCCUAUAUAUGUACAUAUAUGUAUUUCUAUACACACACCCCUUUAGUUUCUUGUUUUCUUCACUGUCACAUGAAAAGGAACGUCUGGGCAUGUUGGAGAAGGGGAUGCGGAUGAAUCAUAACAAGUCUGAGGGCGAGCCACUGUGGAAAUAUUGGGGUUCCUCUCUAAUCUAGGAAUCUGGUCUAUGAGAGCAGCUACAGAAGCUGGGCUUUUCCCCCUAUCCCAGGACCGUGACCAUCUUGUAAGCUGAGUUUUUCCUUAACAGUUUUUCCAAAAUAGGGGAAACUGACAAAAAACAACUUUUAUUUUCUUUGAAAUAAUGACUUCUCCAGCACAUACAUACAGGCCAUGUGUCCCUGGCAAAUUACUUAACCUCUCAAUGCCCCCAGAAGACUGAAAAGACUUCAGCUACCAAGUAGGCACCUUUCAGCAUUGAUAAAGCAUUCUCGAUACCAGUGACCUCAUAGAUCCAUUCCAAAAAGAAUUAGCCACUUGCAUCCCAUUGACCUCCCACAGAGGAUCAAUCAUCUGAAAAUUCUCAAAGCUGUCAGCCAUGGGUCCACCUAGGCAUCGAGGUUCUCUGUGAGAGUAAUGGAAUGGAUGAAGAAGAGGUUAGAAAUUAAGGAGAGGAAAUCUGGAAAAAGGAGAAUGGAAUGAAUGGGCCAGAAGAGGCAAAGGGAGAAAUCAAAGCGAGUGGGGGAGAGGGAGAAAUUUUAAAAAACAACUAGAAGGAUGACAAUCAUAAUGAAUUCAGAGGCAAAAGAGAAUCCAGGUCACUCAAUUUGAAGCAAAUGAAAAAAAUAGUUUGAGUCAUCACACUGGUUUGAUUAUCUCUUUUUUUAAAAAACAUGUGGCUGAAAGAUCAGGCCCAGGUAACUAAGUUAAGUUUUAAUCUAUUUUAAUUUUUAAAAUCAGUUUUUGUAUCUUUAAAAAAAUUUUAAGACGUCAGAAUCAAUGGAAGAUGUAUGUAUAUAUUUUUUACUUUUGUGCUUGUUUUGGCUAUGUGUCGUGCUCCCCUGCCUUGUAGGAGGCACGUAGAAAAAGUGUCAGGUACUGCCGUAAAUAUAUGGAGAAUUUGGACCCAAUGCAAAGAGGAUCCAGCCUUGUGAACAAACAAAUAAAUAUGAGCCUUGGAAACUCCCAUCCCUCCCUUAGGAGGCACCUGAGGAGUCUGGUGCCCUCAGCUGUUUCUUUACUCUUUUCCCAAAUAGCAUCUAGAUUCGGUGACUGUUUGCUCAGCUGUUCAAAGAGAAGAUUUUCUCGUGAUCAGAGAGGCCAAAGUUGGUGUGAUUUAUCUCUUCUUUUUUUUUUUUUAAACAGCUGGUUUAAAGGAGCAAGCCCCAUGAAACACUUAUUUAGUUAAAUUCAGCAUAGUUUUAAUCAUUUGUUUUAACUUUUAACUCAAUUUUUGAUAUAUCUCAGAACUCAUUUCCAAAGUUGUUAGAAUGAAGGAUGAAUUAAGCUGACCUGCUUUGUUCAGCCCAGUGGACCAACAAGUCCCAGUGUCCAAAUGGUGAACCUUGAGGCAACUCUGGGAGUCAUGUGUGUGCUUGCGUGCAUGUGUGUCUGUGUGAUUUAACCUCUGUGAGUGGAGGGGGGAGGGAAAGGAAAGAGAUACCCACUGCCAUUUUAUGUGCAAUGAUUUAUUUCUCCUUUUUGGUCAGGAGGUGUCAUCUUUUUCAUUUGAUGAGGGACUUGUUCCCGCCACAUCCACCUUAAGACCUUCCUUCCCACUCCUCUGUCCUUGAGGUCUGUUUCCUUUAGAUGAAAUUUGAGGACAAAGAAUAAAGGCUGCCAUCCCAGCAGGAAUAACAUAGGUUCAUAGUAGAAGGCCAUCAAGCCCAACGCCCUCAUUUUGCUGAUGAGGAAACUGAGGUACUAAAUUAGAGGAAGUGACUUGCCCAGGGUCAUGCAGCUAUAUGAAAAUUUUCCCUGGUAUCAUCUCUAAGAGUUUGAUGGACUAUUGUAUGGAAUCUGUUGGAAGGCAAACAUUUAGACAGGGUAGGGAAGGCAUUUUUCAAUCUUUUAAGUGGAAAGAAAGCAACUUACAUUGCUAUUGUCAGGGUCCUGUUUUUCACAAGCAUUAGAAAGUUCUGGGGGGAACAAAUGGAACUUGAGAAUUAAUUCUCUGGGAAGAGAAGUUUGGGUAGAGAGGUUUCUGGUCUAUGAUUCUGUAACUACUCCAUUCUGUGCUGAAUAGUUGACAGGGAGCCCGGGGAAAGAUGGGAAGGCAGGAAGUGCCCAAUCCUAAAUAGGAUUUUAUAAUCAAAUUUGACCCUAACAAAAUAAUCCUGUGGAGUUGAUUCUAUCAUCAUCGCCCCCAUUUUAUAGAUGAAUAAACUGAGGCCUAGAGAAGUUCAGAAACUUUGUAGAGGUCACAAAGCUAAUUAAGUAUUUGAGGCAGAACUGAAACCCAGGUUUUCCUAAUUCCAAGUUCAGCACCCUAGCCACAAGAGCCUCAACCUCAAGACUUGGGGAAUAUCAUUUCUCUAGGUCUUAAUUUACUUCCUCAUGGAAAAGGGAAGGGGGGGCUCAGACUAGAUUAAGCGAAUCAACAAUUAUUUGUUAUUGGCCAUCAUGCCAGGAACUAUGUAAGAGACUGAGGAUGGAUACAAAGACAAAGGGGAAAGCAGUUCUGCUCUCUGGGAGUAAGUUCUAAUUUAGGUUUGUGGUUUUGUUUUUGAGCCAUUCCUCCCUAAAUCCUUCUGGCUGGCCAGGACCUCCCCCUGGUGGUUCGAGAGUGAGUUGUUCUUUCUCUUUGGGGGUUUCAGGGACAUGGCACCAUGGCUAGUCUCUCCAUCAAAUGCCAGCAGCUCCUUCUUGGAAUUCAGACAUGGGCUGAUAGUCCUGCCUCAGCCAGAGGUGAAAGCAAUGGCUUCCAUGCUUUUUACUGUAGACACAGACCUUUGGUCACCGGGGCAGCCUCGAUGAAGUCCAUGGUUGCUGUUCCCUUCACUGAAGAGGAUUUAGAUCUGGUCCAGCCUCUUUGAGGCACCUGCCCAACUGUAGGAAAUCCGCUCUCCAUGGACUCCCUCCCCAUCCAGUACCAAUCCCAGAUGAUCCUGGGUAGUCUUUAAGUUCCUGGUUAAUUCUAACAGAGGCACGGUGAUGGGGUCUGAGGACAUCUCUCCACCCCCAAAGGUGAGAUGUCUGGAGAGAUGUCAGUCUGAAUUUGGGGGGGAAAUUUGCAUCUUUAUUCUCAUUUUCCUCCAAAGUUUUCUUCGAUUAUGAAUGUAGGCAACCAAUAUUCUUUGGACUCUGUAGGCUUCAACAGACUGCCAUUGGGAUCUAGGCUAACUAAGAGCAAGAUCCUGGAUAGGGAGCUGGCCUCAAAUAUUUGCAUUUAAACCCCACCAUUGAUACUGUACUGCCCUGGCUAAGCCAUUUAGCUUCAUGUUGUAGACCAGUGGUAUCAAAUUCAAAAAGAAACAGAGGUCCCUAAUCCAGACUUAAGGAUCCUUGCAGACCCCUUAUUGACUAGUUUUAAAAUGUGAUAUUUUUAUUUAUUUUGUGAAGUAUUUCCCAAUUACAUUUUAAUCUGGUUUGAGCCAUACUUGGGUGUCUUGUGGGCCAUGUGAUAUCUCUGCUCUAAGCAGUUCCCUGAGAGUGUGAAUGUCAGAGAAGAUGCUAAAUCUGCUCUGGGAGAGGGAAUUUCCUCACCUGGAAGUUCUUUAUCAGCAGCCCAGUCCCUAUCCAGAACCAAACCAGUCCUAACACUUUAUGAUUUUAUCUUUUUUUUCCCCUCCCAGCCAAAGGUAGAUUAAAGUCACCUUGAUCUCCUCAGUUACCUUAGAAACAACAUGAAAUAGAUUCAAAUCUGUUUUUUUCAUGGAUUGUGCAUGUGUAACCGACCUUUUUUAUAUCUUUAGAAGUUGGUUUAACUUUCCAAGGAAUAAAUAAAACUCUAGAAUUUCAGGUUGUGCCACUUUGUAUAUGCUAAUGGUCAUGGGGUUAUUUUACCCUUGGCAAUGACCAUGUGGGGAGAAGUUAAGCCUUGAAGGUUCCCUGUUAAUGGUGGCACAUGUUCACUGGGUUAUUAAACAAGGACUAGUCAAGUCUCCCACUUGGCCUCAUACCAGCUGAUGUGUGGUUUCAGUUGCCCAAAUGCUUCAGGAAUCUCUUUGGGAGAUAGUAGGACUUCUUCCCAGAAGCCUCUAGGAUCCUAAAUGGCUAAUGUCCAGGAAGGAUCUUUUGAAUAGCUCGCCACAGAAGAAACAAAGGCAAAUCUUAAGUCAAAAGACAAAGGGGAGGCACAGGUUUUGGAAGCAGGGAACCUGGGCCAGGAAGGACCUUAAGGACCAUUUAAGUCUAAACCCUUCAUUUUUGCACAUAAAGGUCACAAGGGUAGGAGGAUUUGAACCUAGGUCCUAUGAGGCCAUCCUAGUGCUUUCUCCACUGACUCUGCAGCUUACUAGUUUUGUAAACUGUGGUCUAGUCACUUCCUCUCUCAUCCUUAGUUUCUUCUGUAAAAUGAAGGACAUUGGACUUGCUGACCUUUAAGAACCCUUCCCACUCUAAAUCCUAUGACUUUUAAGUUCAGUUCUUCAUUGGUUACAUAAAUCCCAAAGCCAGUUUGAAUGCAAGGGGGAGCAGAAGUCUUUUUUUCCCCUUAAAACAUACUUGGGAAUUACUCUUUCUUCUGCCUUGCUAAAUAGAAAAGCGGUAGCUUCAUUUAUUUUGCUACCAAGGUUUUCUAGGGGAGGGUAGACCAAGGGAAGCUAUAACUUAAAGUCAACUCCUUUCCCAUUCCCAUUAGACCUCCCUUUCAAUCCCUCCCCCCUCCCCCAAAAAAAACCCAAAUGCUAUAAUCUUUCCCUAAAUCAGCUCGUUUCCAUUACCACUGAUCACUAAAGCCUGGUCAGACCAAUCGAUUGGAAGCAUUGGGGGGAAUAGUAGUAAGCAGGAUUGUGUGGGGUUUCCUGAUUUUUUUCCCCCAAAGAUGGGAAUGAGUACAGAUGUGAUAGUUGAGUUUGGAGAAGAUUUUGGUGUUGAGAUUGGGUUUUGAAGGGUUUUUUUUAGGUAUAGCAAACUCAGAAAAUAAUUCGAGAUUUAAGUGGGUCAGGAAAAAGUCCAAAAACUAAGCAAGAAUGAGAGGAGACUGCAUUGCAGUUGUCUGAUGUUCUCUCUAAGGUCUACAGAAACAACACUGGUUGGAGCGGAGGGGACCAUGAAAUGAGUUAACAAUUCAAGGAACUUCCAUCUUCUGGGCAUUGGUGCUAUGUAUCCCUCCUCCUUUCUCUGCCUUUUCUCCUUGACCCUUGACAUUUCUUUGGGAGUCAGGAAGCCUUCUGGGAAACUCCUGUUGAGUCUACUUUGGGCACCAUGAUUUUUGAUUCUGGAAUUCAACUGGGAGUCCAGAAUAGGAAAGCUGAUGGGGAUUAGGACUGCUCUACUUUAGAAAGGUUCCUGCCUUUUUCAAACUUGAAAAAACUGGAAAUAAUUGGGUGUAGAGUGGAACUCCACCCAGAGGCCAACUGGACAAAGGAUCCUGAUGGAUUCAAUCACUGUUUAUGACCCUCCCUUGGUGGCUAGGUAUACUGAUGGCCUGAGCCCUUAACCAUAAUGCCCAGUAGCCUGUUGGGAUGGACUUGUGGUUGGAUCAACCUCUGGGGGAAUGAGAAUAGAACAGAGGGCUAGCGUUGCCUGGAUAGCCGCCUUCCUCUCUCUAUUCUAGGCCCCCCUGGGACUAAUUGGCAUUGGGAUAUCCACUUUCUGAGAUCAAAUACUUAACUAUUUGCUGUGUGACCUUAGGGAAGUGACUCAGAUUUUCUGGGCUUUAGGUGCCAUUCUUUAAAAUGAUCAGAUUGGGUUACAGGCACCUUCCUGCACCGAUGUUUUUGUGGCUACAUGAUUCACAUAGGUUAAUGGAGUAACAAAAACUUGGGCUUUAGAUAAGUGGAAAACCUGUGGAGAAGGGACCAAAUACUCGUACUUCACACCAAUGGCCUGGCUACGCAGGGUGACCCGCUGCAGCUUAAAUGAGAAAGCUAGGGAGUUGAGGAAUGUCAAAAAGGACUUUUGAGAGAAGUUUGUUUCUACCAAGCCCAAGUCUUUGACAGAAUGUGGCCACACUGGGCACACACAACUUGGUUUCCUAUAUUAAGGGCACAUUCCUGCUAAACUUGUAUGAGAUUUGGAGUUUGGUUUGGUUUUUUUCCAUUUAAAUGUAGAUGUUUCUGACUUGGCUGCAAGCCUUCAAAUCUCCCUCUGGCUCUUAUUUUCCAGGGAGCAGGAAGUUACAUUCCCUCACUGUCCGUGUUGUACUCACGGCAUGCUUGAAAUACUGUCUGCACUUAACUGAAUUUUCCUAGAUUUGCAUUGUGGGACUAUUUGCUUUAUUUUUUUGCUGUGUUGCCCAGGCCAUAUGGAUCUCUUGUCUGCAUGUGUUAGGGGUCUUCUGGACGUGUGCCUUUCCUUCACUGUCUUGACUGUACAGAAUUUUUCAUGUUUACUUGUCACUUGGGAUACUUUUUGCUUUUUUACUCUUUUGUCCUAUAUAAGCUGGCCCUGGCUUCCCUCUCCUAUGAUCUGUAAAUGCAUAAAUACAAUGGACUGUAUUUAAAUUUCCUGGACCGUGAGGGGAUGUAAAGAAAAUAAUUAUUCAUGGAACAGAUCUACACCUACACUCAUGCUUCUCCAAAACAUUCAGGCCCUUAAGUUACUUUGCAUUCUACUUGGCAAUGAACACUUGAUUAUUUUGUAUAGAGUGUCAUCAUCAUCAUUUUUUGGAACGAUUCGGGGACACUGAACUAUUUAGCCCUUCUUUGACCAUCCUGCACAUCCUAUUUUAGAAGUAUUGUGUCUUUAAAAAAACAGUUACUCUUGUAAAACUACUGCCCAUGAAAUCCUAGUAACACCCUUGAAGAAGGAACGGGGUUUGCACAAACUGCUGUCACAUUACAGAUUCCUGAUUGGUUUUGUUGGCUUCAAACAGCUGCACAGGAUUAUUGGAAAAGGAACAGCUUCUGGUCCAUUUGUUUCCCUUUAGGACCAGGGGUAAAGCAAGGAUCGCCACCCAAGCGGUAUCCAUAAGCAGGAGCCCAGCUCCUGUGAAUGUGGUGGUUUGGGCCACCAAGGCAUAGUUUAAUAGAUUCUGCUCAAUGCAGAAGGGAUUUUAUUUUUAGGUGGUUUGUGGAAGAGAUCCUACCUGCAAAUGAUCUCUUUUGUUCUAAGAUGUGGGCAGCUAAUGACCACCUUUCCUUUGUGCCCAAUUUUCUCCUGUCUCUUCCUCCUGGAGCCCAGGAAAAGGGAAGAGAUUUGGCCUCCUGAUGCAAUGCAAAAGUUACAUAUGUAAUCAUCUAAAAAAGUUAAGAGUUCAAAUUCUGCCUUGAGCAAAAUAGAGUUCACUGCAAUGACCUUAAAUCUGGAAACUUGUCCUAAGCCAUUAGGGGUGGGAAUGAUGCUGGGACAUCACAGGAGGAAACCCUUGGGGCAGAGAGCCAGGUAUACACUCUCCUCCUGGCCCUGGGUUCCUCUGACAAGAUCAUGUAACCUAGGGGAGGAGGUGGGCAGCAAUGGUGCUACCUUCUCUCUGUGUCCCAGUAUCUCUAUAACUCCAGCUGGAUUUUACUCUGAAAGGAAAGGGCUGUUGCCAAUACUGGGAGAGCCCCUUCCAGGGAACUGUAAUGUUGUAUAGACAAAGGUGUAAAUAAAUGAUUUGCUUUUCUUGCCUGA